GACGCCGGCGGGACCCGACGUGCGGAGUUGGGGGCCCUCCGGGGAGGCGGACGCGCAGAGCCCUAUGCCUGCGAGGGCUCCUCCCCGACGGCGGAGAGGGUGCAGGGCGCGCACCUGCCGGCCCGCCGCCUCCCCUGGCCCAUCCACCUCCCGCGGCCCUCCUCUCCCCGCGCGUAUCGGAGUAGAGGAAACUUCCUGCCAGCAACCUGGUGCCCGGCCCGGGGAAGUUCGUCCCCUGCUCUUUGCCCGUCUCCGCCGGGGCCCCUCUCCCAGCCUUGCGCCCUCUGCAGUGCCCUUGGUCGGACCAGUGAUGUGCUCGCUCUGCCCAUCUUCAAGCAGGAGGAGCCCCAGCUGUCCCCUGAGAACGAGGCCCGCCUGCCACCCCUGCAGUACGUGUUGUGUGCUGCCACGUCCCCAGCCGUGAAGCUGCAUGAAGAGACGCUGACCUACCUCAACCAAGGAUCUGCACUCGGAAAGAAACAGCUAGUCUCCACAUGUGAUAAAAUUUCAUGGAUCUAUACACAUACAAGCCUACAGAAAAAGAGAGAGGGAACAUGCAAAACCCAGAGAAAUCGAAGUAAGAUCUGCAGUUUUGAUAGUGUACCAUGGUUGCAUCAGAUGCUGCGAUGGGGGAUGCUGGCACAAGGUCAGUCUUACGAAAUCCGACUACUGGAGAAUCGGAAGCUGGGCGACUUUCAAGAUCUGAACACAAAAUAUGUCAAGAGCAUCAUCCGCGUGGUCUUCCAUGACCGCCGGCUGCAGUACACGGAGCACCAGCAGCUGGAGGGCUGGCGGUGGAGCCGGCCAGGAGACCGGAUCCUGGACAUCGAUAUUCCACUGUCUGUUGGUAUCUUGGACCCCAGGGCCAGCCCGACCCAGCUGAAUGCAGUGGAGUUUUUGUGGGAUCCUGCGAAGAGAGCUUCUGCAUUCAUCCAGGUACACUGCAUCAGCACAGAAUUCACCCCCAGGAAGCAUGGGGGCGAGAAGGGAGUGCCCUUUCGAGUCCAGAUUGACACGUUUAAGCAGAACGAGAAUGGGGAGUACACGGAGCACCUGCACUCAGCCAGCUGCCAGAUCAAGGUGUUCAAGCCGAAGGGAGCCGAUCGGAAACAGAAGACUGACCGGGAGAAGAUGGAGAAAAGAACUGCCCAAGAGAAGGAGAAAUACCAGCCGUCCUAUGAAACCACCAUCCUCACAGAGUGCUCUCCGUGGCCCGACGUGGCCUACCAGGUGAACAGCGCCCCGUCCCCAAGCUACAAUGGCUCUCCAAACAGCUUUGGCCUCGGCGAAGGCAACGCCUCUCCGACGCACCCGGUGGAGGCCCUGCCCGUGGGCAGUGAUCACCUGCUCCCAUCAGCCUCGAUCCAGGACGCCCAGCAGUGGCUGCACCGCAACAGGUUCUCGCAGUUCUGCCGGCUGUUUGCCAGCUUCUCGGGUGCUGACUUGCUGAAGAUGUCCCGAGAUGAUUUGGUCCAAAUCUGUGGUCCUGCAGAUGGAAUCCGGCUCUUCAACGCCAUCAAAGGCCGGAAUGUGAGGCCAAAGAUGACCAUUUAUGUCUGUCAGGAGCUGGAGCAGAAUCGAGUGCCGCUGCAGCAGAAGCGGGAGGGCAGUGGAGACAGCAACCUGUGUGUGUACCACGCCAUCUUCCUGGAAGAGCUGACCACCUUGGAGCUGAUUGAGAAGAUCGCCAACCUGUACAGCAUCUCCCCCCAGCACAUCCACCGAGUCUACCGGCAGGGCCCCACGGGCAUCCAUGUGGUGGUGAGCAAUGAGAUGGUGCAGAAUUUCCAAGAUGAAUCCUGUUUUGUCCUCAGCACAAUUAAAGCCGAGAGCAAUGAUGGCUACCACAUCAUCCUGAAAUGCGGACUCUGAGCAGCAGUGGGCCUUGUACCUGCCUCCAGCUCCCAGCCCUGUGGAUCCCCGUGGAUGUAGACAUUGCCUCACUGUAAGCUGUGGCCUCACCAGGCAAGCUGAGGCCAGGAGGGACCCUGCCCAGUCUGUGAAAGCUACAGAGCACCAACCAGCAGAAGCCUGUGGACACCAAGUACAGUGUACAGAAAGCCAGUGGCUCCUUUCUCCCUUCCUCUUGGCCUCCAGAUUUUGAGUGGUUCCUUGUUCUUUUCCGUUGGUCCAACCCUGACAUUCUAAAAGGGCAACCAGUGGAGACGUCUGCUCUGAAACCCCUCAUCCCUUAGUUGGAAGCUGAUUGGGUAUCUUGGUGCCACCUGUAUUGGUCCCUUCUGACCACUCUCCUGCCUCCAGAGAAAGCUCUGCUUCACCCUGGAAGCUGCUACCUUUACCUCCUCUUCUGGGAGUUGGCUGCAUGGCCAGCACUGCUGACUUGAUGGGAGCAGUUUGCCCUCAUUCUCCUGUUUCAGGUUUGCUUCCCUUCUCCGUGACCCUGGUCAACAUCCGCCUUUCCUGUUCUUGGCUGAAUGGAUGGGAGUGGGGCUAUUCUGUGCCUUCUACCUCUUUCUUCUCUACGUUGUUUCUAAGGAUUUGCUGCUGCAGAACCCAAAGAUGUGCUCCUGUCUCUGCACUGGUGCCUUGACAUGGUAGAUGCCACAGUGUAUGUGCACUGCCUUUCUCACAGACAUUAGUUCUGAGGCCCUUUGUGGGGCGGUUAGGGGGCUGGUAAUAGAAAAAGACUAUUUUAUUUCCUGGCAAUCAUGGGUAAGGAGGAUUAGGAAUGAGCAUCCCAUCGUGUCAUCGGAUGACCUUGACCACCACAAUACCAGGCCCUCUUGGAUGGACUUAUAGAAAGUUAGAGAAGACCUUGGUGAACCGCUGCUAAACUUGCCACAGGAACAUUGUAUUUUCUCUGGGUACCCCUCACUUAAACGUUUAUCUUUGUUUGUUUGUAGGGGCUCUGUUUAGGGUCUUUUGCCUGCAUCAGACUGGGUUCGUCGUCUUUCUUAAUGACCUAACUCUGGGGAAAUUUGAGUGUCAGUAACUGCGGUAGACUCAGAAAUUUGUCUUGGCCUUGCCUCUGGUUCCUGGGAUCCAGUGGUCUCCGCUGGCCCAGGGCUUCAGCUCUUUGUUAAUUGAGGUUCAUGGGAACCUUCUGACCACCUGAAUGGGAUGUCAUAGCUUCUAAAUGGAGCUUCUGUGGAAUGAAGUGCUAGACUGAAGGAUUACCA